GAAAGUUUGAUCAGUACAUCUUUAAACUCGCCUGGGGGGUUCGAUGCUUUGAUAUCAGUACUGAGUUGGGAGUUCUGGCAACUGGAAGUAAUGAUAUGAAAGUUAGAUUAUGGAACCCUGUAGUUACAUCCAGAGCAACCUCUGUUCUUAGCGGACAUAAAGCUGGUAUAAUAGAUCUCCGGCUCCGGGUUGAGAGAAAACUGCUCCUAUCCUACUCCAAGGAUGCUGUGCUCAAACUCUGGGAUCUUAACAAUGCUGUUAUAAUACAGACCUUGAGCCUACACUUUCCAGCUUUUUCAGUACUUGGAAAAGAGAUUGAAUUUGGCAAACCUGGAAUCUAUCUUGAACCCGGAGACGAGGAUUCAGUCCUGGCACUCUGCUGUGAACAUAUUACUCAGAUCAGGUUGACCGAGGAGAAGACUGAGAUAAAAUCUGAAUCUGACUCCGAGGACGAAUCUGAACCUAUACCUCAACCUGAACAAAGCAGUGGCUCAAUGAAAGGAGAAACUGAAUCUAAAUCUGCUAGUUCUGAGAAGGAGGUGUCUGAGCUUGAAGCUGUUCAAGAUAAUCUGGAACAGGUGAAAGAGGUCAAGGAUGCAGUUAUUGAGGAGGUUUCUCAGAUUGAACCUGUUCAAGGUCGGAGAAAACUGAGAGCUCUGAUUCCUGGGUCUCAACCCGGAGUAUAGUUGACAGAAAAAGAUUAAAAAAAUUAGGAAUGAUCUCAUCAUUCAACUGCUCACACAAACACACGUUCCUUC